AUGGCCGACCACCCCAACCGCGGCAAGGGCAACGACCGCUGGACCCCCGAGCACGAUCAGGCUCUUCUCGUCCAAGGCAUCAUUGCACUGGUCAAGUCGAACCAGACCAGCCUCUACUUGCUUCCUGGCAUCAUCGGCUGCGUCGACGGACACGGAAACGACCGCACGUCGAAGAAGGUGAACCAGCUCCUCGCGCGCUUCGCUGAGGCGAAUAACGUGGACCCCGCAGUCGUCAAGAGCUCGCGUCGCAAGUCCUCCACGGACUCCCCGCCUCGCAAGAAAGUCAAGAAGGAGAACGGCGUCAAGAAGGAGGAGAAGUAG